GAAUUGAAGCAAGCAAGGAAGCAGGGGCGCUGCUUUGUGGUUGGAAAGGAGGAGAAGAUUGAGGAGAAAACUUUCCAAGCACCGAAGGAGCUUCAGGUGAUCGCCGAAGUCAUUGAAAGACAUCGCGGAUCGAGGAGGCCACUGGAAAGCCCAAAUUUCAGCUGCCGCGCCACAUUGCAAAGGUGGCGCAGGAUCCCGUACGACAACUAUUGGAUGGGUGACAGCUGA